AUGGCUGCGGGGACGCUGCCAAGGACACCACCGCCCAGUGUCCCCGACGCAAAGCCCCACGCAGGCAAGUCCUAUCCGUGUCGGGGGCCAGGAUUUGCUGUCGCACUGACAGGGACUUGGACCAACACGCCCCUUGGCCCCCGUGAGUGUGACAGCCAUGGCGCCUUUGCCCUAGGACCACUCCGGGCAAAUAAGAAGCCCCGUGAGGCCCACAAGGUGGUCAAGAGCCCAACACCCCGGACAGCGGAGCCGGGCCAGCUGCCCACGCCCCUGGGCAUCUGGGAAAUGCAGCCUCCAGGGGACACGCCAGCAGGCACCGGCUCCCACGGCAUGGAGGCCCUGCUGGCUGACUGCUCAGCUCCCCGUGACCUGGUGUGUGAAGUGCCCCCUGCCAGCCCCCGGGACCCCAGCGGCGGCUCCCGGAGCUGGUGCAGCUGGUUCGGGCUGUGCUUGGAGGAGCUGUGGUCCCUCCUGCAACCAUCAUGGUGCCCUGCCCCCGUGUGCCGGGCCCGUCCAGCCGACACUGGUGAGGAGAGACGCACCAUCACGGGAGGCAGGUUCCUGCUCAUGUUCCUCCCACCGGGGCCUGUCCCUGCCCCGUCCGGCCCUGGGUCCAUCUUGUCACUGCGACGGCUCCUCCGCUACCUGCCAGGUGACGCUGUCCACCGCUGGAAUAGGUGCCGGCAAAAGGAGAGUGGCUUCAGAGCCCUGAUGCUGACCUCCGGGACCUCGGCCUUUGUGUUGCAGGUCCGUGGGAGCCAGGGGGAGGUCCUGUACGUUCUGGACGCCACCAACCCGCGCCACUCCAACUGGCUGCGCUUCGUGCACGAGGCCCCGUCGCAGGAGCAGAAGAACUUGGCUGCCAUUCAGGAAGGAGAAAACAUUUUCUACCUGGCGGUUGAAGACAUAGAGUCAGACACAGAGCUGCUGAUCGGCUACCUGGACAGCGACAUGGAGGCCGACGAGGAGGAGCCGCAGACCCCGCCGAUGGCCCCGGAGCGGGGAGGCCACCUCGCUCAAGGGGAGUCCACUCCUGGCAGGACAGGCUGCCACGGCUGUGGCGAGGACCACGCCUGUCCCCAGUGCGAGUCCAGCUUCCCCAGCGAGGAGGUCCUGGCUGAGCACCUGCACGCACUGCACCGGACGCCCGACGGGGAGAAGGAGUUCAAGUGCAAGCCCUGCGGGAAGAAGUUCCCCGUGCGCCAGGCCCUGCAGAGACAUGCUCUUCAGUGCCCGGCCAAAGGCAGCCCGAAGGACUCCCCCCGAAGCUUCCAGUGCUCCACCUGCAACGCGCUCUUCAGCUCGGCGCCCAGCUGCGAGCAGCACCAGGAGACGUGCAGGGGCAAAGCCAGGUUCGUGUGCAAGGCCGGCAGCUGUGGGAAGCGGCUGAAGAGCAGGGAUGCCUUGAAGAGACACCAGGAAAACGUCCACGCGGGAGAUCCUAAGAAAAAGCUCAUCUGUUCCGUGUGCAAUAAAAAGUGUUCUUCAGCAUCCAGCCUACAGGAACACAGGAAGAUCCAUGAGAUAUUUGAUUGUCAAGAAUGUAUGAAGAAAUUCAUUUCGGCGAAUCAGCUAAAGCGUCACAUGAUCACCCACUCAGAGAAACGGCCCUACCGCUGCGAGAUCUGCAACAAGUCCUUCAAGCGGCUGGACCAGGUGGGCGCCCACAAGGUGAUCCACAGCGAGGACAAGCCCUACAAGUGCAAGCGCUGCGGGAAGGGCUUCGCCCACCGCAACGUGUACAAGAACCACAAGAAGACCCACUCCGAGGAGAGGCCGUUCCAGUGCGAGGAAUGUAAGGCCCUAUUCCGGACCCCGUUUUCCCUGCACAGACACCUGCUCAUACACAACAGUGAGAGGACCUUCAAGUGCCAUCACUGCGACGCGACCUUCAAGAGGAAAGACACCCUGAGCGUGCACGUGCAGGUGGUGCACGAGCGGCACAAGAAGUACCGCUGCGAGCUGUGCAACAAGGCCUUCGUCACGCCCUCCGUGCUGCGGAGCCACAAGAAGACACACACGGGAGAGAAGGAGAAGACCUGCCCGUACUGCGGCCAGAAGUUCGGGAGAGUCCAUCUCCCCUGCGAGCGCCCCUACCAGUGCCCGUACUGCGAGAAGGGCUUCAGCAAGAACGACGGGCUGAAGAUGCACAUCCGCACGCACACCCGGGUGGCGGUGGCUCCCUUCAGCGCGGGGGCUCAGGAGGAACCGGAGGAGCGGGUGGCGGUGGCUCCCUUCAGCGCGGGGGCUCAGGAGGAACCGGAGGAGCGGGUGUGCGACCUGGCGUUCAGCCUGAAGAAAAUGCUGAUCCGACACAAGAUGACACACAACCCGAACCGCCCGCUGGCGGAGUGCCAGUUCUGCCACAAGAAGUUCACGCGGAACGACUACCUCAAGGUGCACAUGGACAACAUCCACGGCGAGGCCGACAGCUGA